AUGACAGCACCUGUGAGUGCAUAUGCUCAACGAAUGAUUCGUUUGAGUCAACGAAUCUUUACUGAAUAUCCUAAAAUAGUAUUUUCAAAAAAGGAACAUCAAGAACAACAUGAAAAAUUUCUUCGUUUUCUUGACGAUCGUCCACAUACAUCAGGUGUACUUGUUUCAAUGAAUUAUUAUCCACGUUAUGGAGAAAUGUAUCAUUUAAUGGAAGGUUUACGUGAACACGGUCUUUUUAGAAAUGAACAUCGUGAUUUUCAAGAAGAAGUUGUUCGACUACGUGUUCUUCGUGGUAAACAACGUAAAAAUAUACGUCUGCUAUUUCCAAAACGUAUGCCCGAACUUGCACCAUGUUGUAAACAAUCAUCUAAAAAAUGA